AUGGAAUUUAUGGAAGCAGCAGGGCCGCCGGGUUGGGAGCGCUGCCUAGGCCGGAGGGCUCCUCCGGCCGGGGAGCGCCGUGGGAAGGAGAGCGAACGCCGAGGGCCGGGGGAGGACGGGGGAGACCGCGGGGCUGCUCCUGGGAGCGCCCUGGUCUCCUCCAAACGACCACCUCACGGAUUCCUUAUGGAUCGCAGCUCCAAGAGGAGGCAGGUGAAGCCUUUGGCAGCUUCUCUGCUGGAAGCUCUCGAUUAUGAUAGUUCAGAUGACAGUGAUUUUAAAGUUGGAGAUGCCUCAGAUUCUGAAGGGAGUGGUAAUGGAAGUGAAGAUCCCUCAAAGGACAGUGGAGAAGGAUCCUGUAGUGAUUCUGAAGAAAAUGUUUUAGAGGAAGAACUGAAUGAAGAUAUUAAAGUAAAAGAAGAACAACUUAAAAACUCUGCAGAGGAAGAAAUACUGUCAUCAGAAAAACAGUUAACUAAAAUGGAAAAGAAGGAGGAAGAAGAAAAUGAAGAAAGACCUAGAAAGAAAAAGGAGAAAGAGAAGGAAAAAGAAAAGGAAAAAGAAAAGGAGAAAGAAAAAGAGAAAGAGAAGGAAAGAGAGAAGGAAAAAGAAAAAGCAACAGUAUCUGAUAAUGUGGCUGCUUCUGCUGCUGCCACCACACCAGCCACAAGUCCUCCUGCUGUGAACACAUCCCCUUCUGUUCCCACUACAACAACUGCUACAGAGGAGCAAGUCAGUGAGCCAAAAAAGUGGAACCUUCGUCGAAACCGACCGCUUUUGGAUUUUGUAUCCAUGGAAGAGCUGAAUGACAUGGAUGACUAUGAUAGCGAGGAUGACAAUGAUUGGCGACCUACUGUGGUAAAGAGAAAAGGGAGAUCUGCGUCUCAGAAAGAGGGAAGUGAUGGUGACAAUGAGGAUGAUGAAGAUGAGGGAAGUGGGAGUGAUGAUGAUGAAAAUGAUGAAGGCAAUGAUGAAGAUCAUAGCAGCCCUGCCAGCGAAGGGGGUUGCAAGAAGAAGAAGAGUAAAGUUCUCAGCAGAAACAGUGCUGAUGAUGAGGAACUGACCAAUGAUAGCCUGACACUAUCUCAAAGCAAGAGUAAUGAGGACUCGCUGAUUCUUGAGAAGAGUCAAAACUGGAGUUCUCAAAAAAUGGACCACAUUCUGAUUUGCUGUGUUUGUCUUGGAGAUAAUAGUGAGGAUGCUGAUGAAAUAAUUCAGUGUGACAAUUGUGGCAUUACAGUCCAUGAAGGUUGUUAUGGAGUUGAUGGAGAGAGUGACUCUAUUAUGAGUUCGGCUUCUGAAAACUCCACUGAACCUUGGUUUUGUGAUGCCUGUAAAUGUGGUGUUUCUCCUAGCUGUGAGCUAUGUCCUAAUCAGGAUGGAAUUUUCAAGGAGACAGAUGCUGGAAGAUGGGUUCAUAUCGUUUGUGCCCUGUAUGUUCCUGGAGUAGCCUUUGGAGAUAUUGACAAAUUACGACCAGUGACACUAACAGAAAUGAACUAUUCCAAAUAUGGUGCAAAGGAAUGUAGCUUUUGUGAAGACCCUCGCUUUGCUAGAACUGGGGUUUGCAUUAGCUGUGAUGCAGGGAUGUGCAGAGCCUAUUUCCAUGUAACCUGUGCCCAGAAGGAAGGUUUGCUUUCAGAGGCAGCAGCAGAAGAGGUACGUUUAUAUAAAUCCAUCGUUGGUGAAUACGUUCAUAAGACUUCUCAUGACUUUGUUAUAUCCUAUAACAGGCAGUGCUCAGAAUGUGACCAGGCAGGGAGCAGUGACAUGGAAGCAGACAUGGCUAUGGAAACCUUACCAGAUGGGACCAAACGAUCAAGGAGACAGAUUAAGGAACCAGUGAAAUUUGUUCCACAGGAUGUGCCACCAGAACCCAAAAAGAUUCCAAUAAGAAAUACGACAAGAUUACUAGUAAUUGUUCCAGGCACUUCUCCACGGGCCAGAAUCAUAGGCUAUACACGCUUGCAGCAGCUUAGGGACUACAUUACUAAUGGUUUGGUCAAGGAAAUGGGUCAUUCUGUGAAGCAUUAG